AUGUCAAAUCAACGAAACCCUGAUUGGGAGAUGCCUUCUCCUGCCACCACUCGCAACGGGAAACGCGGCCAAGGCCGACCUUCGUCAAACCUCCAGGCUCCUCCCUCCACGCGUGACGUGCAAUCGAACGGUACAACACAGCUAUCGAAGUAUCUCUCGACCGGACAACACGCUCCGUUAUCAUCCACAAGUUCUGUGACUUCCUCCCGAGAGGCUUCUCCGAAUCGAGUGCCGCCUAGAAGUGUGAAUCCAAUAUCCGCAUCAAGGACCACUCCAAGAUCUCGCAGGAAUAGCCAGGAAUUGGGUCCAAGUCGAAAUUCAAGCUCUACUUCGAUCAGUCGAACCCAUUUGCCGGCUGCCCGUGAUUUGGAAAGCGAUAUUGUUGAUUCAAACAAACCACAUCUUCCACCGCCUACUACAGAUGCUUCGACAGACCUAUCCCAACCAAAUAAAUCAAACAUGCCUACAAAAUCGGGAGAUCCUCCUUUACAAUGGCCUAAAUUCCAUCGAAUAAAGUCACCACCUCCUGGCCUACCAACCCGAAUUCCUUUGCAACGCACAACCUCCCCCAGACGUGCAGACCAUGAUAACAUCUCCGCGAACACUGCAAGCAAGAGGCAUCCUGCGGGAAGCGAUAACAUAUUAUCUGCGGACAAGUGUCUUGAAGCACCAGAAGAUGCCCAAUUUCAGAAUCCUACCCGCGGCGUGGGCCGUGGAACCGCACCUGUCCUUGAAACAGUCCAGGAGGGUACGGUCCCAGGUCUCACUGCGAUUGACCCGCCGACUGGCGAAGAUCCCGGUGAAGCAGCUAAAGUUAUAAAACCCUCUGGGGACAGUGGCAGUGAUAGCGGAGGUAAUAAAAGUGCCGGAUCGAAGACGGACAACAUACAAAAGCAUGGCCCUACUAAGCCUAGGUCUGACGAAGUCCUUGCGAAACGUUCGUUUACUUCGCUGAACUCUGUCCGUGGGAAAAUUGGAGAGUCUUCUAUGACAAAUAUGACUGUGGAGACGGAAACUGUCAGCUCUAUACCUCAAGUCUCACUCGGUGGAGGUGCUGGUGAGCGUGGUGGGCUGGGAAGGAAAGACGGCAGCGCCACAGUUCGACUACGUGCCAGCGAUGAGACUAUCCGACCGAGAAAAGAAAAGAAGAAAAUUCGUAAACCAACUCUACCCACUGGAACAGCAUCGUCGAAAGCGGAUAUCUUCGAAGCCAAGGUAGCAAGCGCUGUUGAAGACGCAGACUCAUCGGACUCUGCGGAGACGUUUGUUUAUGAAUCAAACCCUCCUGACCCUCAUCCAUCCAGACAACACCGAUAUCAUUCUCGGACCCCAAGUGCGGCGUCCGCGGUUGGCCAGCUAGACCAGUACGGAAAUCGAAUGCGUCCUGGCGUCAGAGAUUCACUGCACGGUAUCACAGGGAAAAGAAGUAUGAAGUUUACAAAUACUUCCUAUAACACCAUGGAUGGUGAGGGCGAAGAUCGCUCUGCUGGUCGAGGCACCUCGAGAGGGCAUGGGCUGCAUACAGCACGCCACUAUCAUAUAGGGCGACAUGGAAGAAAUGGUGCCCAUCAGGGCGCAUUAGAUCAAUCGGCUUUCCAGCCGUCCCAAAACCCCAAGUCCUCUCGUCACUUUCUUGGUAAUGGUCGCAGUCGAAAGCUAAAAAAAGACGGAGACACUUACGGGUACGAUUUCGACGCUGAAGGCGCUGACGAUGAGCGGACUCCCUUGGUUGGUGCCAUUAGAAGUAUUCGGGGCCGUCAUGGGCGACGUUCAAAUGGUUCUAGCCUCCGACAGAUGGAGUAUCUUGGACAGAGGCGAAUUGGAUUUUGGGCACGCUAUGGCGUGUGUGCCUUACUUUUAAUGCUGUUUUUUGUUCUCACCAGUGGAUCGACUUUAUUCAUCAUCGGUGCCACGCAGCCGCUUAAGAACGUUCGUGUGAGGGAAAUCCAAAACGUUCUAGCCUCAGAGCAGACAAUCAUGCUCGAUUUGGAUAUUGAAGCCGUUAACCCGAACUUAUUUGCGCUCACUAUCGACGAUAUGGACGUAAAUAUUUUCGCGAAAAGCAGAUACGUCGGCAGCGAUUCUUUUUGGAGAGACCGUGGACCUCAUCCAAAAAAAUUGCCUCGAACUACAGAGAGUAAGAAACGGGCGAUUAAUGCGAGAAGUCUGGAGAGCAGCAAGCGGGGACAUCCCUCGAAGGAUCUAGCCUCGAUCGCUACUGUCAACGUUACAGGUGGCGUUGACAAAGGAACCGAUCCAAUGCCAGACGAUGACGUUAGGGACCCGCAGACAAUGCUACUAGGUCGGAUUUUCCAUUUCGCCUCGCCAUUGACUUUCGAGCCGUCGCCUUGGAAACAUAUCGCAUCCAACUCCACUGGCCAGGUACGGUUGACAAAACCAGGAAACAAAACUGAGGAGGGAGGAUCAUUAAGAUGGGAGCGUGUUCUUCAGCACCCAUUUGAAUUGAUCGUCCGUGGAGUUGUCAAGUAUCAGUUGCCGUUGAGUUCCGGCACCAAGUCGGCUUCCAUAAGUUCCAAGAUCAAUGUCUUACCAGAUGAAGACAGUAACGGCGACAAAGACGGCGAUGCUGAUGAUUCUCGAGACCAUGACGGCCAUACUCCAGAUGAUUCAAUGCACAUUGAGUGA